AUGAUAGCUAAUAACUACUUGAAUUAUCGUGACAUGUAUGGAUUGAGAUAUUCGCCUAAUAGGAAAUUUCUAAAAUUAGCAAUUGACAGUCAUGAAGCUAAUAAGAACAGUAAUAAAAAUAAUAACUUUUCAAUUGAUGAGCCAAGUAAUGAUUAUAUUGUCACAACUAUUGCUGCAAGUAUCGAAAGUGAAGGCAUUUCACCUUUGUCGGGUGAAACUUUUACAGAAAUAUCAACAUUGCAGACUUUGAAAGAAAAUGUAGCACAAAACAGUAAUGAAAAUAAAAGUAGCAACAAUAAUGGUGUUAUUGACACAGCAAAGCAAGAUGAAGCAAACAAGCAUCACAUAAUGAAGCCUAACAACAGAGUUGAGCAUGCAUUAAAUUUUCUUGCAAACAGAAUGAAACAUAUCGUUUAUUAUGGAAGUGAUCAAAAGAUACACGAAUCGAAGGUUUCACCGCAUUUGUUAACACUGGGAAAAUUUCUGAAUUUGUUUAGCUUAAUCAGAUUUGACAAUAUGCCGUGUCUUACGGGACGAAAACCAUUGAGGCAGCUCAGUGGCACAUGUCUCAAUGAAGUUGAAUGUGUAAAUUCAGGUGGCAUUAGUAUGGAUCGUUGUGCAAAUGGAUUUGGUGUUUGCUGUAUAUUUAAAAGUUCUUGUGGACACGUGACAUACCAGAAUGUUACGUAUUUUGAAAGUCCCAACUUUCCAUUAGCAUCGCAAAAUAAUUUAGGAGCCUGUACGCUUACAAUCUUGCUAGCACGAAAUGUUAAGCAGCUUUUCUUAGAAUUUAUCUUUUUCGAAACUUUACCACCCACGAAUGGGAAUUGUAUUCAAGAUCAAUUUACAAUACAUACAGAUACCGGCAGUAUGCACAAAGAAGUUCCAAUUAUUUGCGGUAUAGCUACAGGACAACAUAUGUAUGUUGAAGUAUCUGGCACAGAAAAAAUAUUCUUAUCGUUAUUGACAAAUACAGCUGAUGAUAGAGCAUUCAGUAUCAAAGUCUCUCAGUUAACUAUGUUUGAUAAUGUAGCACCAAGUGGAUGCUUGCAAUACUUUACACAAACUAAUGGACAGAUAAAAAGUUUCAACUAUGAUGAUGGAUACUCACAAGUGUUGAAAUAUCGAAAUCCAAGCUAUUUCAACAACAUGAAUUAUGCAAUUUGCAUUAAAAGAACUUGGGAUCAUUGCACAAUAACUUACACAAAUGAGUAUAAAGGAGUAGAGGAGGUCUUUGAACUCAUAAAUACAGAUGCUAAUGGUAAUAUCAUAGCACCAGGACAGGCUGGAGCAGAAAUAUUUGGAUGUCCUGAUGACUUCAUAGCAGUAAAUUACAUACGAAUCUGUGGAUAUAAGCUAAAUGAUGGUGCUGUAACAAUUAACUUUAAUACUAAUGAACCCGUUAAGUCUAUAAUGAAUGGUCCUAUCGUAAUGCCAGUUAAAACAAAUAAUGAAACUGUUGGAAGAGGCUUUAAUAUUUAUUACUAUCAGCAAAAAUGUUAA